CCUAACCGUGUCUCAAACCGUUCCGUUUUCUGAUCGCUCAUUUUCUCCCCUCAAAGCUACCACGGCCCCAGCAAGGUUCUCUAUCGUUUUGGCGCUACUAGAGUGACCUAGAAUUGUUCUAGUACACUCUAGCGCUACUAAGCAAGCAUGUGGACGUACAGGAAGGUUAUGGCUCAACCAUGAAGUGCGCUUAACCGCAGAACACCGGGAGCGAAACUAGCAGAACGCCGAUCGCACUUCGCAAGCGCGAUUCCGAAAGAUGGCGAAUUCGGAUAUUGGCGUUGGGAAAAGCAUCGCCGUGCUUGCAAUCGUGGUCGGUUGCUUCACAGUCCUCUGGCCCAAAGUGUUCUACCCAAUGAUGCAGGCAGCUUUCUCCAUGUCGUUUUCGGCACAAGAAGGACCGGACGGCCUGAUCCCAGGCCGAGGGGCCCAGUCGCGAAUGCACGAAGCCAUGGGCCAGGCCCGACCUCACGACCCAGAGUAUGCGAGGGGCCGUCCAUUCCCACAUCCAUCGAUGCGCCAGCCCCCUCGACAAGCCACCAAGACCGGCGGCACCAUGAACCUCGUGAUGCCGUUGUACACGAUUGGAGUGGUGGUCUUCUUUCUUUACACUGUGCUCAAGUUGGUGUGCAAGAAGCCCCCUGCUCCAGCAGCACCAGACAGUGGGAACCAAGAGUCAUGGUCACAUCCUGACCCGCGAGGUACCUCGGGCUUUGGCUCGCCGGGCCACAGGGUCCACCCGGGCGACUCUUCGAGACAGACUCCCCUGCGAGAAGUGGAAGAGCUGAAGCGGCGACUGGCACAGACAGAGGCCCUGUUGCAGCAGUUGCUCGUUCGCCAGUCGGGCGGGGCUCAGCCGGCAAAUGCCAAUAUGAGCCGUUCCAUCAACCUGCUUGUCCGCGAGCUCUCCAAGGGAAAUCAGCAGACGCCUCUGCAUGAGCGGCACGAGGGCUUGCGGCAUCGUCGGCCAGCACAUCAGACGUCGGAGGACGAACCUGCCUGCCCUUGCGGUGCCCCACUGAGCAGAGAGUCCUGCCAGGGCGGCUCACAACCAGACUCCUGCUCGGACGGAACGGCCGACAGCGGGGACGAAGCGUCGCUACCACCGGACAGCGAGACCGUUACCUACUAAGCAUCCCACGGGGCAGGAAAAACUCUGCUCGCAGCCCAGUUUGAGGCGAGGCAAAAUCGACUGCCUCAGCAUCCGACAUCGUGACAGGAUGGAGCCGCUGCCACCUUUCUGCGCACUCAGUCCUGCAGAAUUGGGGUGGUUCACUUCGGUGCUACUAGACAGUAGAGGCUCCAUCUGCGCUGGUCUGGAUGCCGCUCGAGAAGGCAGCAAAGGACAACGAAAGUGCGCUAAUUUGGCAUACUGAACAAGCAGCUCAGACAACGGGACUAUGGGACGACAACAACACAGGCGCUGACUAUCAAUUAGUAGUUUAUUCGAGGAACAGAAAUGUACACAAGACGAAAGGCGAGAAGCAAGGAAGUUAUCCUGGAAGAGUCCUCUUGUCUUCGCUGUUUGUUCAGUAUGUCACCGUUCAACCGACUAGCCCGAAUUAGCACUCUUGUAUGGCAAUUCGGGCUGGUUUAUACACGUUAUAGCUAAAUGUAGCAACAAUGUAUGAGACAAAACAAACAGAAUGGACAGACAUUCGUUUGUUAAUCUGUUCAUGCUGUUUGUCCUGUCCUAUGCACGGUUACUCCACUUAACUAUAGCAAAGGACAAGCCCAUGGGUAGCUAUCUCUGGAGACAAGACAAAGCAAACUUGGAAGGCCUCAUAUGCAGAGGCUGUUCCAUAGCAAAGAACCUGUUUGAUGCGGUCAUCACUGCAGCUGAACUCGAUAUAAUGAACACGGAUGUAAUGAAUCCAAUCAAUCUAUCAAUCAAUCUUUAUUGCCUAAUUGUACAUAACUAUUUAAUUUCACAUUUAAUUGUACGUAGUGAAGUACAUCUAAAAUUUGAUUGGUCAUGCUUUGUUUGAAUGAGUGUUUAUUAUAGGUAUAAGAGCACUCAUUCAAACAAAGCAAAUUUUUGUUUUCACAAGGUUCAAAAUAUUACGUGACACAACAGCAUAAAGCCAAAACACCCACAGAAUUAACUUUAUAUGUGCUAUGUUGCACUGAUGUUUGAAUUCUAUUGCACAGCCCUGACUUCAGAUUUGCUGUUGCCGAAUUUUCAUACGUUCUCACAUGAAGAAUACCAGAUAUAACGAAGAAAAUUUUUCCCAACACGCGACUGCGACUUUGUUAUAUCGAAGUUUAACUGUACCGCCUCUCCUCCAGCACCUCGAUCGUCAUCAUCAAUGUUUUAUUAAUGUCGCCAUCACUACCAUUAUCAUCUACAUUGUCAUUAUUAUUGGGACAAUUUGUCAGUAAUGAUGUUGAAGUAGGACUAACUUGACACCGAUGACCAAGCACCAUCGUGGAAGGCUUGCAAUAUAUAUUGGCUGUUGAUUGCUGUAUUGAUGAAUGCGGCUUUCAUUUGGCAAGUACAGCAUCAGGUUAACUUAAAGUUGUGAAAUAUAAUGCAAGAUGUCACUCAGAGAAGCUAAAUGUUGAUUUGGAUUCCAAGCAUCUUAUUUUGUGUUUUUAGUCCACUCAGGUGUUUUAAAGGCUUAUACCAUAAAGGUCUAAGAAUUUCAACUACAUGUGCAUUGUUCCAGUGCAUCUGGGUGGCUUGUUCAAGUGAAGCUUACUAAAGCGUAUGCAAAUGUUGAAAGUUUGGAACAAGCUGCAGUUCUCUCAUUGGUUCCUGGUUGGUGUGAACAGCAGGUAUUUAGUUAAUUUGUUUUUCUAGUGCAAAAGCAACUACGUCCCAUAACAACAGCUAUUUAUCCAGACAAGUACUUCAUUACACAUGCGCGACAUGGCAUACAGUGUGACCAGCUCAACUGCAUUGGCGAGUAAGUCUCAGUGCCAAACAAAAUGUUGCAUAACUUAUUGUGCAUUCUCUUUCAGGCCUCACCAUGCUUAGUUCUUUCGUUUUCGGACUAAAGAUUCAUAUAUCAUGCUCUGUGGGCAAGCACUCAUUUGAUUCACAAUUCUUAUUUAUGUUAUUGUGAUUUAUGCAUUGCUAUUUAUUAUAGUUACUCUGUACACUCCCAAAGAAAGGAGGUUUGCACAAAGGUCCACCAUCUUGAGUGCCAAAGCACCUGUUGUUGUGAGGGAAAGCCACACUUACUGCUUGCAAGAGCCAUUCUCAGCACACUAGCAAUGGAUGCUCGUUUGAUCUGGCUUAUGCACAAUACAGCACACUUGAUUAUAAACGAAAUAGACUCUUCGGUAUGAACAAACUGUUCAGUUUGUUCAGAGACAAUAGAAAGACUCUCUCGUGUGUGAUGAGGCAUAGUUGAUUUUAGGGUCCCUUGCUGCGCAGUGCAUAGUGCAUCUGUGCAUCUGUCAAAACGCGUGGCAAUCAGCAAGACUUCUUGCCAGUGAAACAAAAGGAACUAGUAACAAGCACUCCUCUGGAUUUUUUUCCUUUGAAUAAAAGAAUCAGGAGAAACUAAUAUGAUAAAAAACUUGGUGAGUUGGUGUUUAUACAUAUUCGUGAGAGGCACAAAAGAUACGGGACAGAUGGCAAUAAAGGUGCGCAUUCCCGACUGAUAGUUUAAUGAAGGCAAUACAGUCAAACCUCGAUAUAACGAACUUGCAGCGAAAAACUUCAUCAUAUCGAGAAUUUCAUUACAUCGAGGUUUCGUUAUUUCAAUAGAACUAAUAUGGGGAAAUAAAAAUAGCUCGUUAGAUCGCAAAUUGCGUUAAAUCGAGAUUCAUUAUAUCGAGGUUUGUCUGUACACCCUUUUCUUAUGCAACACUAUGGUCCCAUGAUUCCAGAGUGUGCCAACAAGGUGCACUAAUCACAAUGAAACUGUCACAUUAGAAAAAAGAAUGUAGACUAACAGAGCUUGAUUCUAAAUUUCAAACAAACAAAAUCAAGUUAUUGGGGCUACCUUGGAAAUCUUCUAGCUAGUAUGCUCUGUUAAUCUACAUUUGUUUUUCUUAAUGUGAUAGGGUCGUUGUGGUUAUCUUUGCCUUUCUUGCACACUCUGGAAUCAUGUGACCAUUGCAUUGUAUAAGGAAGGGUGCUGCAUGUUGGCUUCAUUAAACUUCCAGUUAGGAGAGCACGCCCUUGUGUAUGUUCUUUUCGUCCAUCUUGUGUCCUUUGUGCCAUUCACAAAUACGGAGAAGCAAAUUUCGGAAGGAGUUCUCCAUGCAUUGGCCUGCACUGAUUGUUUAUUGCUUAUCUCAUCAAUUGUUUAUCUGUGCGCUGGUGAUGGCUUCUCCGCAUGCGUGGGUUCUUUUUUUUUACCGUGUGACUGCACUUGCUGAAUGGAGGCACGACCAGUGCGUGGGAAAUAUACGUGCAAGACUGUUUCCUUUGCGAGUGUACAGAAGGGCUCUGUUAUCUGAUGUACAUUGUUUGUGCCAGACCAACCUGGUAGUGGUGAUUUCUUCUAGUCAGGGGUUCUAUCUAGUCUCGAGCAUAGCGUUUUCUAGGAAAUUUACUAGAAGGAACUCUGGCAAUGGCGAUCUUGCAGCUAAUGUGGGAACUAUGGGUAGUAGUACACGGCGUUAUCAAAUCUUCAUGCAUGUGGCCUCAGACUUUUGUAUUUAUUACGCUUAAUCGUUGUGAAUGUUUAAGCAGUCAUAUUUUUCUAAAUGCGUUAAGGCAACAUGUGUCUGCAUAUAUGCAUAAUCAUUGCAAAUGGGUGCAUUUUGUUAAGAGUGAUGAAUUUGCAAAGUCACAGAGCCGUUUGAAGCCAGAAGGAUGAAGUUUAGUCAGAUCCGUGUAGUAUUGCAUCAUUAUUCUCAACCAGCACACCUUCCAGCUUCCAUAGAAACUAUAGUGCCAGAGUUCAUUCUAUAAAUUUUUGUCGUAGAGUCUAUGGGUCUCAAAUACUUCAGCCUUUGGCUGGGGCUGCGACAUUCCACCUUUUGUUGCGAAUCACAAGUGAGCACGUACUCUUUCAACUGGUGUCUAUGCUUAGCAGUAAUGCACGUUACACCAAUCAAGAGUAAUGUAACUGUAACACUGUCUAACUUUCUUGCGGGACAUGCGACAGCCUGUACAUGGGGCAAUGAGGCGGCAGUUCUCGCAAUCAAGCCAAAUGGUAUGCGUGCAUUUGCUCAAGUUGUCACCUGCAAACCUGCAGUUUUGCUCGACUCGUGAUACUGUAAGGAAAGCACAAUUUUCUUUCUAUUUUAUAAAUCCUGCAAUGGGCUACGUUCAUAAGAAGCUAGUCGUCACGGCAGUGUCACCUUUUUCGUGAUAAGUUGUAAGUGCAGCAUGUAGGCAAGGUACUUGUUUUUUUAUUGUGGUUGAGGUGAUGAACUUUAUUUGUAGGACAUUCAGCAUUAUGUUAUCUUGAAUGUGUCCCCUGUUUGAGUUUCCUCUGUGAGGAACAUUCUCGAGCCCAACAUGCUUCUCGAAACUGCCUUACAUGUGAAAAUAUGUAUU